AUGUAUGCUACAGUUUCCGUUGAAGACGUUCCACUCACUAUGAAGAUUGACACCGGUGCUGCUGUUUCCGUAAUGUCUUUACAACAGUACCAGAAGUGCUUCCCACACCUGACCUUGGAACUCACAUCGCUACGUCUGCGCACGUAUACUGGUGAAGCACUAACGCCCCAAGGGUACAUUACGGUCAACGACAACUACGAAGGUCGUCAGCGGACCCUGCCCCUUCAUAUCCUGCGUCAACCAGGUGUCCCUCUCCUGGGCCGUAACUGGGUGCGUGAGCUGCGACUAGAUUGGGCCGGACUGAACACCAUGUCGCUCGACGUCAACGCAAUUACCGGACAGUUGACCGAGAAGUACAAGCCUCUUUUCACCGAAGAACUCGGAAUGAUUAAGGGUGAGCAAGCAUGUCUCAAGUUAAAGGAAGGCAGUACGAAACGUUUCUUGAAAACUCGAAGCUUACCGUUUUCUCGGAGAAAUGCUGUGGAGAAUGAGAUAAAUAAAUUGGAGAAGAUGGGAGUAAUAUCGCCAACAAGCUGCAGCGCAUAUGGCACGCCAGUAGUUCCGGUCGUCAAGAAGGACGGCUCCGUCCGAUUAUGUGGUGACUACCGAACAACGUUAAACCAAGUCCUGGAGGUCGAAAAGUAUCCCCUUCCGAGGUUGGAUGAGAUUUUUGCGGCGCUUGCUGGUGGAAAGUACUUUUCGAAAAUAGAUCUUAAUCGUGCAUAUCUUCAAGUAGAAGUCGACGAGCAAUCAAGUCAGUAUUUAACGCUCAAUACCCACAAAGGACUGUAUAGGGUAAACCGUCUUGCCUUUGGUAUUACUUCGGCCCCUGCAAUAUUCGAGAAAAUCAUGGAUAAUAUGCUGAAAGACCUGGAUGGUGUCAUCGUCUACCUAGACGAUAUUCUUGUUAUGGGAAGGUCAGAACAAGGGCAUAUUCGGAACCUGGAAAGGGUUUUGCAGCGCCUAAUGGAACGAGGGGUCCGUAUAAAAAGGGAAAAAUGCGAGUUCUUGAAGACCGAGUUACAGUACUUAGGACAUGUCAUUAACGCUGAAGGCGUGAAGCCGUCGCAAGAGAAAGUUGAAGCGGUACUACGUGCCCCCAUGCCAACAGACAAGCAACACCUUCGCUCGCUGCUGGGAGUAAUCAAUUUCUAUGGGAAAUUCCUGCCAGACCUAUCAAGUGUCCUGUAUCCCCUGCACAGGCUUUUGAGACUAAAAGUGGCAUGGUCGUGGAACCAGCAGUGUCAGAUGGUCUUCAAUAGAGUAAAGGAAUUACUGGCAUCGCCGCCGGUCUUGGUGCACUACGACCCGGACGCCCCGUUGCAGCUUGAAUGCGACGCCUCGGCUUUUGGAGUAGGUGCGGUACUGUCGCACAUACAAGAAGACGGAAGUGUGAAACCCAUAGCCUACGCCUCACGAACACUAAGUACAGCGGAGGCAAAUUAUGGUCACUUGGCGAAAGAAGCACUUGCCUUAAUAUUUGGCGUUAAAAAGUUUCAUAGCUUCUUGUAUGGACGAGAAUUUGUGCUACUGACGGACCACAAGCCACUUCAGACCAUAUUCGGUGAAAAGUCAAGCACACCUAUUAUUGCUGCUGCACGUCUGCAGAGGUGGUCCCUUAUUCUAGCAGCAUAUCCCUACGAGCUUCGCUACAGGGCCGGAAAGGCCAACGUCGUCGCGGAUUGUUUUUCUCGUCUGCCGCUGCAAAGGACUCACGAGGACGACGAUGACGAAGUCAGUGCGAUCUACUCUUUGGGACUUGGAAGUUUCCUUGUGAACUGCGCAGAAAUAGCUAAAGACACUGCUCGCGAUCGAGUACUAAGUGUGGUGGCGGAAGUUAUUGCCAAGGGGUGGCCUGCAACUAUAAAUGAUGAGGCACUCAAACCUUAUUUCUCACACAGGACAGAGCUAACAAUGCAUCAAGGAUGCAUCCUGUGGGGAAUGAGGGUCCUGAUACCUUCAAAGCUACGCACGAGGGUGCUCGACGAACUCCACUGCGGACAUUCAGGAAUCGUCAGGAUGAAAGAAAUUGCAAGAAGUUACACAUGGUGGCCACGAAUCGACGACGAGCUGGAACAGAUGGUAAAAAGAUGCGACGACUGCCAAGAACAACGCCCUCAACCACCGAAGGCUCCGUUGCAUCCUUGGUCCUCGCCGUCGCCACCAUGGGACCGUGUGCACCUGGAUUUCGCGGGUCUCUUCUUGAGUAAGAACUUUUUAGUCGCGGUGGACGCGCACUCCAAGUGGCCGGUGGUGUUUGUGCUCCAGUCAACGACCGCAGCAGCUACUAUACAGUGUGUGCGUGAACUGUUUACGCGAUGGGGUAUCGCGGGUACAAUUGUCACAGACAGUGGACCUCAGUUUUGUGCGGAGUCCUUUCAGAUGUUUCUCAAGCAAAAUGGCGUGAAACACAUAACAUCGGCGCCCUACCACCCAUCAAGAAAUGGGUUGGCAGAGAGGUUCAUCCGGACGUUGAAAGAAGGCAUGAAGAAGGAUCAAAGUCACUCUCCGGAGGUGAGACUUGCUAACCUGCUUUUAGUUUACAGAAACACUCCACAUGUCACCACGGCACAGUCACCCGCAUCGCUAAUGUUGGGACGACCAUUAAGAACCAGACUGGACCUCAUGAAGCCGUCCCUCGACCUCACCGUCCGACAGAAACAAGUAAUACAAUCCUUUACCCGGAGUCCCAGAGCCCGGGUUUUUCAAGUGGGAGAUCCAGUGCGCGUCAGGAACUUCCGUGGUGGUGAGAAAUGGGUAAGGGGAUAUGUUGUUGAGAGAACGGGACCGGUGUCAUACAAGGUCAAGGUGACUUGCCAGAAUGGUACACUUGUCUGGAGGAGGCACGAUGACCAAAUGAUAACAGCUGACGUUCCUGCAAAGAAAACAGCCCAAGAAGAAUCGUCAGACCUUUUCCCGUCGGUUCCAAGUGGAUCAGCUACCGUUACCGAGAACGCCACCGCUACAGUGGAAACACCACCGUCACCACAGAUGGAACGAAGAUACCCUUCUCGUGUACGCAAACCUCCUGACCGCUAUCAGGCCACUUGA